AUGGGGAACUGUAACACUUGCUCAUGCAACGAUAAAGGUGAAAUUUAGACCUACGAAAUAGAAGUAGACAACAAAUAGAAUAGAAAGUAAAGUGUUAAAAGUUCCUCAAACAAUGGGAAAUCAAAUUAGAGCGAUUUAUCUAAUGGUCAAUAAACUGUGAAUAAAGAAGUCUUUUUAAAGAAAAACCUCCUUUUAAUAAUAAAGAUUCAGUCUACUUGGAGAGGAUAUCUAGUCAGGAAGCAGGUCGCCUUCAUAAAAUAAACAAAUAAGAGAUCUGACAGUAAAUAUUUCACAAUUGAUGAGUCAAAGGAAACAAUAUCAAAAGUUCUCAAAUACAAUCCAAGAGCACAAAGAGAGGAGAGAACUAUUUAUAAGUUUAAAACUGGGGCAACAUACACAGGCCAAUGGAUUGGUGGAUUUAGAGAUGGAUUUGGCAUACAGGAAUGGCCAGAUGGUUAAUGGAAGGACAAUAGAGCUCAUGGGCAAGGAAAAUUCAUUCAUGUUGAUGGUGACGUGUAUGAAGGGAAUUGGAUAAAUGAUAAAGCCAAUGGAUUUGGUCUUUACAUACAUGUGAAUGGUGCACGUUAUGAGGGUAAUUGGCAAGAUGAUUUAUAGCAUGGCCCGGGUAAAGAGACUUGGACUGAUGGCUCAGUUUAUGAAGGCCAAUACUAUUAAGGCAAGAAACAUGGAUAUGGCAUUUACAGUUGGAGUGACGAAUCGAGAUACGAGGGAGAAUGGUAUGAAAACAAAAUUCGAGGCUUAGGUACAUAUACAUGGCUAGAUGGAAGAAUGUAUCAAGGAGAAUGGAUCGAUAACAAUAUGGAAGGAAUGGGUAUUUAUACUUGGUCAGACGGUAGAAGAUACGAGGGUGAAUAUAGAGAUGAUAAAAAGCAUGGCUUUGGUAUCUACACCUGGGCUGAUGAAAGAGAAUACUAGGGAAUGUGGUUCAAGGGUAAAUAGCAUGGACUUGGAAGAUAUAAAGUACCUUCUAAUAAUGAGAAUAAAUACGGACUCUGGGAAGAUGGCAAGCGUAUAGAAUGGUUCGAUGAAAAUCAAGCAAUGCUAAUUAUAAAGAAUCAACUUGACUUUACUUAGAAGUUCCAUAAAUAAGAAAGUAAACAGUAUAUCGAUAUGAAAUAAAAGUUCACACAACCACCGGGAUUCUUGUAAAGAUUAGCUGAAAUUAAGAAGUAAUUCAAGAUCUCUACACAAUAUUGA